AUGUGCCCACCACCCGCUGCCGGGCCGCCCUUUGCAUCAGAGCACCAGCUGAACUGGGACCUGGACAACAACGGACCUCUCACCCAAUGUUUGCCCGGCUACCCUUAUAUCCUGCUCCAGGAUCGAUGCAAGCUGUGGGAGUUCCUCGACCAGGAAUUCUGCUCGAAGGACAUAAACCAGAUGGCGAGCAGGCUGUGGUGGAUGUCAAAACAAGACAGCGCCAACAUCUCCCCGCUCCACCGGCAACUGGUUAAACAGCGCGCCGUCAUCGUCACCGAGGAUCCCAAGCUGCAUCUAGUCUGGAUCCACAGCCGAGUCUUCAUCAAGCCGCUGCCCCGGUACAUCGUCUCGUAUGCAUUCUGGCGGGACUACAUGGGUGGCGAUGGGAAAGAUGCCCACGAUAUCCGUAGGGCAGCCUUGGGCUAUUUCCGUACAUGGCUGUACCUGGUGAGAUACGAGUCCGACUUUCGCAUCGCCCAAGACCCCAGCCUGCACCUCAUCCCGCCCGACAUCACAUGGGACCAGUUCUGCCGUUUUGUAUCCGAUCUGAUCACGAUUGCCGACCACGACAUCCCUACACGCUAUACCUAUGGCGAGAUUUGA